CUGGUGCAACACCGGGAUGAGAAGCAGUUCCUCCCUAUGAGAGAGAAAGAGACAGAAUGAGAUAAAGACAGUGUUUUUGAAUGGGAGAGACGCUGCUGAUGUCACUGCUGUAAUCGCUGUGUGUGUGUGUGUGUGUGUGCACGAGUGUGUGUUUGUAUGUGAAUGCGCUGAAGUUGGACAUCAGCUGAAGUGCAUGCUGCAUGAGGUGAAACCGUCCUGACUCAGUCUGGAGUGAAAAACACCAGGGAUAUGCAGAAUUUGGAUCUUUACAGCCGACUGGACUCUCAGAGGAACGAUGAGGAGGCCGUGGUGGACAGAGGAGGCACUCGCUCCAUGCUUAAAGCUGGACUGGAGAAGGAGGAGCUAGAGGGUCACAGGACUCUGUAUAUUGGGGUUCAUGUUCCUCUGGGCAGAAGAACCCGUCGCCGUCAUCGCCAUCACGGACACCGACACAGAAAGAGGAGCAGGGAGAGAGACUCGGGCGUCGAAGACGGACACGAAUCUCCUUCAUACAAUACUCCCUCCCAGAGGGUUCAGUUUCUGCUCGGCACUGAGGAUGAGGAUGAAGAGCACAUACCACAUGACCUCUUCACCGAGCUGGAUGAGAUCUGCCUGCGUGACGGAGAGGAUGCUGAGUGGAGAGAGACCGCCAGGUGGCUGAAGUUUGAAGAGGACGUGGAGGACGGAGGUGAGCGCUGGAGUAAACCGUACGUUGCGACGCUCUCUCUACACAGUCUCUUUGAGCUGCGGAGCUGCAUCAUCAACGGCACCGUCAUGCUGGACAUGAGAGCCAGCUCUCUGGAGGAGAUCGCAGAAAUGGUGCUGGACCAGCAGGAAGUGGCUGGGCAUCUUGAAGAGGAUGUCAGGAAGAGGGUCAAAGAAGCUCUUCUGAAGCAGCACCAUCAUCAGAACCAGAAGAAACUGGCCAAUCGGAUUCCCAUCGUCCGCUCUUUCGCCGACAUCGGCAAGAGACAGUCUGAGACAAACUGCAUGGACAAGAACGGUCAGAUGAUUCCACCGCAGUCUCAAACGCUGACCACAGAGGGCAAGAAUGGCGUGAGCCGCGAAAACAGUGCUGUGGACUUCAGCAAGAUAGACCUGCACUUCAUGAAGAAGAUUCCUCCGGGUGCAGAGGCCUCUAAUGUUUUGGUUGGAGAGCUGGAGUUUCUGGACAGGCCUGUCGUGGCAUUUGUCCGCCUAUCUCCUGCUGUACUUCUGAACGGCCUGGCAGAGGUGCCCAUCACCACCAGGUUCCUGUUCAUCCUGCUGGGGCCUCUGGGUAAAGGACCACAAUAUCACGAGAUUGGCAGAUCAAUUGCUACUUUAAUGACAGAUGAGGUUUUCCAUGACGUGGCCUAUAAAGCUAAAGAUCGCAAUGAUCUGAUUGCUGGAAUUGAUGAAUUUCUUGACCAAGUUACAGUCCUGCCACCAGGAGAAUGGGACCCGUCCAUCAGGAUAGAGCCGCCAAAAAACGUCCCGUCCCAGGAGAAGAGAAAGAUCCCUGCAGUGCCUAAUGGAGAGCUGGCAGAGCCGGAGGAACAUGGUGGACAUGGAGGCCCUGAGCUGCAGCGCACCGGGAGGAUUUUUGGUGGAUUGGUUCUGGAUGUGAAGAGGAAGGCUCCUCACUUCCUGUCAGAUUUCACAGAUGCGCUCAGCCUGCAGUGUUUGGCCUCUUUCCUGUUCCUCUACUGUGCCUGCAUGUCCCCUGUUAUCACCUUUGGGGGACUGCUGGGAGAAGCCACAGAGGGACGCAUAAGUGCAAUAGAAUCUCUGUUUGGAGCCUCCAUGACUGGAAUUGCUUACUCACUUUUUGCCGGCCAGCCUCUCACUAUUCUGGGCAGCACUGGACCUGUCCUUGUGUUUGAGAAAAUAUUAUUCAAAUUCUGCAAGGAGUAUGGGCUGUCGUACCUGUCCCUCAGGACGUGUAUCGGGCUGUGGACGGCCUUCCUCUGUCUGCUGCUGGUGGCCACUGAUGCCAGCUCCCUAGUCUGUUACAUCACACGCUUCACGGAGGAGGCCUUCGCCUCUCUCAUCUGCAUCAUCUUCAUCUACGAGGCCUUGGAGAAGCUCAUUCAUCUCGGAGAGACGUAUCCCAUUAACAUGAACAACAAUCUGGAGAAACUCACCACUUACAGAUGUUCCUGUAUUGAGCCUGCAAACCCCAGCAAUGCUACUCUUCAAUACUGGGAGCAGAACAACAUCUCAGCUCCGGAGAUCUUCUGGGAGGCUCUGGAAGUUCAGGACUGCAUUGAGAAAAAAGGAGAAUUCGUGGGGUCGGCUUGUGGGCCUCAUGGUCCGUACGUUCCUGAUGUUCUCUUCUGGUCUACAGUCCUUUUCUUCUCUACUGUGGCCAUGUCAGCGUUCCUCAAAGAAUUCAAGACCAGCCGCUACUUCCCCACCAAGGUCAGAGCCAUCAUCAGUGACUUUGCAGUCUUCAUCACUAUUGCUACCAUGGUUCUGGUGGAUUACGCUUUAGGAGUGCCUUCCCCCAAACUGAAGGUCCCUAAUGUGUUUAAGCCAACUCGUGACGAUCGUGGGUGGUUCAUUAACCCGCUGGGUCCGAACCCGUGGUGGACGUGUGUGAUUACAGUCGUUCCCGCCCUCCUCUGCACCAUCCUCAUCUUUAUGGACCAGCAGAUCACAGCUGUGAUCAUCAACAGGAAGGAGCACAAACUGAAGAAAGGCUGUGGCUAUCAUCUGGACCUGUUCAUGGUGGCCGUGAUGCUGGGUGUCUGUUCUCUGAUGGGGCUUCCGUGGUUCGUGGCAGCGACGGUUCUGUCCAUCAGUCACGUCAACAGUCUGAAGCUGGAGUCCGAGUGUUCGGCGCCUGGAGAACAGCCCAAGUUCCUCGGGAUCAGAGAGCAGCGGGUCACCGGCCUCAUGAUCUUCCUCCUCAUGGGCUGCUCUGUAUUCAUGACCUCAGUGCUGAAGUUUAUUCCAAUGCCGGUGCUGUAUGGAGUUUUUCUUUACAUGGGUGCAUCUUCAUUGAGAGGAAUACAGUUUUUCGAUCGUUUGAGAUUGUUCGGGAUGCCAGCUAAACACCAGCCAGACUUCAUUUACCUGAGGCACGUUCCACUCCGAAAGGUUCAUCUCUUCACCAUCAUCCAGCUCAGCUGCCUGGUUCUCCUCUGGGUCAUCAAGACCUCCAGAGCCGCCAUUGUCUUUCCCAUGAUGGUGUUGGCGCUGGUUUUCAUUAGAAAGCUGCUGGAUUUUAUCUUUACAAAGCGGGAGCUCAGCUGGCUCGAUGACCUCAUGCCCGAGAGCAAGAAGAAGAAGCUGGAGGACGCUGAGCGAGAGGAGGAGCAAAGUAUUUUGGCAGAGGAAGAAGGAAUCGUACAAGUGCCAUUGGAGGGACAUUACAAAGAUGAUCCUUCUACUAUCAACAUCACUGACGAAAUGUCUAAAGGCUCCUUUGGAAGCACUUGGAACUCCAAAACUGAUCUAAACACAAAAAGUCCCCUUUCCUAAGCUCGCAGAUGCUGAUCCCCAAAGCCUGUCUAAUAAGAAAGUGCACACGGAGCAUUGAUGGAAAGAAGAUUCACUGUGUUCACACACACACACACACACACACACACACACACACACACACACACACACACACACACACACACACACACACACACACACACACACACACACACACACACACACACCUAGCUAUCCAAAUAGAUGUAUUGUUUAAAUUAACAUUAAUUAAUUUAUCUGUAAGUUUUUACAGAUUUAAUUAACUUAUGAAGACUUUUUUGUUGUUGUUGCAGUUUUUAGCUUAAAGUAUUGCUAGUUUACAAGUAAACUCACAGUCUAAUAAACACCUUGGCUUCCUGUCUUGUCUUGCGUUUCUGUAUUUUAAAAUUACAUCACAAUGAUAAGCUUUUUAGCUUCUAGAUGUAAAUCCUGUACAUAUAGUAAUACCAGCAAAGUGGCGAUUGUUGUGUGAGAAAUUAGAAGAAAAUGUGACAGAAAUGGAAAUUAUUUAACAUUUUUAUUUUAAAUGCUCUUUUAAGUAUUUUAUGUUUUUUUUUUUUUUAAAUAGCAUUACUGCACAACUUUCACAUCCCUAAAGGUACAGUUUUAAAUAUGUAGACAAUAUCUACUGUAGGUGAGCAAUUAAUAGCUAUUUUAUCAUUAAAUCUUAUGCAUCACAGUUUUUGUAUUCAUAUUUUGGGCUGGCAAAGAAACCUUCUGUUCAUAUAAAGUUACAGCUCUUUGAUGAUACUCGGUAUAUUCACUACUAGAUUUACCAUUGCCAUAUUUUGUCCUUAAGCAAGACACUUUACUCCAGGUUGCUUGAGGGUCAGUAUUAAUAUAGACAGUGAGUUUACUUUUAAACUUUACGCUUAAAAAGCAUAAAACAUAGGCUCCUGUAGAUUUUUGUUAUACCUGCAAUAUCAGAAAAUUGUUGUAUUUUGCUUAAGACCUUUGCAUUAAUGCAGUGUUAAUCAUAGAAAAUUAAUUUUAGCUAUUAAUAUACAUUUGUUUUUGUUGUUUUUUUUGCACAAAAAUGUAGAAUGCUGCUUCUGUAAAUAUUAU